AUGUACUCACUUUUGGUUUCCAGAAAAUUCAGCGUUUGUUGUGGUGUGGCCCAUACUACUGCAGAAUCAAAUGGAUCUUCAGAAAUAUUUGAAGUGAAUCAGAGUUUUAUUUGGCCACUAGCGAGACCAGCAACACCUGAGGAGACAAUCCUUAUAGAACUGCGGCAACAGAACACCAAACUUCCCUUUAAAGCUGGCUCAAGUUCAUCAUCUGGAUCAUCGCGCGGAACAAUUUCCAGUGCUUCUAAGGUCAUAGGACAAUAUGUAAUGUUGAUGCAAGGGCUCAUGCAAGAUGGAAGAGUGAACAUUGAAGAUAACUUAGUGGAUUCAAAUAAUCGUCCAAUUUCGGCAGUAGUGAACUUUGAAAUUCGAUACGCAUCUCCGGAAAAUGUGGCAGGAAAUUUUGAUUCUCCGACAGUUUCAAAGUUUGUACAACAACAAAGUCUUGAAGAUGACCAACAAAUGCUUCUCAACAUAGAACAAAACAUAGCAAAUCUUGAGAAGAGCUUUCAAGAUGCGGAACUGAAAAAGCAAAACAUUUUUCAACGAGCUUUAGGCGGUGAAAGAAAUCAUCAAAUGUCAAAUAACAAUGGCAACAAUAAAGUGAAGAAAUCACAAAAUUCUGAUGUUACCGGGUCAGCCAGUGUAUCAGAUAAGAGGGUUACUUUGAGAGCUGUUAAAAAUUUUAUGAGAAUUGGUCGCUCGAGACAUUCAUCAAAGGAGCGUGAACGAGACAGUAGCACAGAAGAUGAGGGAAGAUCGUUGAUUGGUGACGCUGACGAGUCAUCAUAUAUGGGAAGAAAAGAUAGCACUGUGCAGUACGAUAACAUGUCCCAUGCUGAAAGCGUUCAAUCAAUGAUGUCAAGCGAUAUAGAUAACGAAAUCGAAAAUGAUGAGAAUACAGAAAAUGAUGCCAACAAAGCAGAUCAAAGUCUUCAAGAAACUCAGCGCAGUCAAGAUGGAAGAACGAAAGUUAGACUUCAUAAAUUUAACGAUCACUUAAAAUCACAGGACUUUCAAGUUUGCGUUACUAUCAUUGAGGCUCGUCAAUUGCCUGGUCUAAAUAUGGAUCCUGUUGUCUGUAUACAAGUAGGAGACCAGAAAAAAUAUACAAGUGUGAAAGAAAGUACCAAUUGCCCUUACUACAAUGAGUACUUCGUCUUUGACUUUCACAUGCCACCUGUUAUGCUUUUUGAUAAAAUCAUCACGUUAUCUGUUAUUCAUUCGCGAAGAUUUAUGCGGUCGGGACAAACUGUCGGCUCCUUCAAAAUUGAUUUGAAGACUGUUUAUGAUGCACAUGACCAUUUGUUCUACCAUAAAUGGGCGUUGUUAUCUGAUCCUGACGAUUUCCUGAGUGGGCCAAAAGGUUAUUUGAAAUGUGAUGUCGGAAUAAUUGGAAAAGGCGAUACUGUUAAAGUCCCACCACGAUCUGAAAAAGAUCCCGAUGACAUUGAAGCAAAUCUUCUUCUGCCUGAUGGUGUACCAAUUGAACGUCAAAGAGCGAAAUUUGUUAUCAAAAUAUAUCGAGCAGACGGUCUUCCACGAAUGAACUCAUCCCUCGUUGCAAACGUUAAGCGAGCUUUUACUGGAGAAACGAGAGAUUUAGUAAAUCCCUAUGUGCAAGUGUCGUUUGCUGGGUUAAUGGGAAAAUCAACUGUGAAGAAAGCUUCUUAUGCACCAGUUUGGAAUGAAGAAUUAAUAUUUACAGAGAUGUUUCCUCCCUUGUGCCAACGAAUAAAAAUACAAUUGCGUGACGCUGAUCCAAUGAAACCAGCAAUCAUCGGAACCCAUUACAUCGACUUAAAGCAAAUAUCUAACGAUGGUGAGAAAGGAUUUCUACCUACCUACGGCCCAUCUUUCAUCCACCUUUAUGGAUCAACACGUGAUUACAGUCUCUUAGAUUCAAAUUCAACUUUAAAUACGGGUCUUGGUGAAGGAGUGAGUUACCGUGCACGACUGCUUGUUGCCAUUCGAACGGAAAUAACUGACAAUGCUGACAUUUCGACAGAUAAAAAUGUUGAAUUGGAACAAACAUAUCCUAUAAGCGAAUCAUCAUAUUGUAAGAAUGAAGAAUUCUUUUUAUUUGCAACAAUAUUUGAAGCUUCAAUGUUGGACAAGAAAACAUCUGAAAAGUCUGUGCAUUUUGAGUUGAGUAUUGGAAAUUGGGGAAACGCUCUAGAUGGUCAUAAUGAAUCAAACACACACCAAUAUGACGAUGAUGAUGAAUUGGUUCCCUUUUGGGAUUACAAGCCAAGCAUGAAUGUAAGAUGUAUUUUCCCGGAUCAAAGAAGACGCAUGUAUAACAGCAACAUGUUAUCGAGAUUGACAGAAAAAAUGGAAAUUGGAUUAUCUGAAACAAAUCACUUUAUUGAGCAAGAAGACCCAAAAGCUGAAGUUAGAUUGAGAAGUUGUUUAGAAGAACUAGCAACAGAUUGUAGCAAUUAUUUACAAAUAACCAAGAAUACGCUAACUGGUCCCGGAACAGGAAAAACAAAGUUAGAUAAAGAAAGAAUAAAAUUAUGCCAAAGAGAAAUCGAAACAAUUGGAAACAUGGCUCGAAACCUUCGAGCACUCGUAACUCGCUCAUCACUCAAAGAACGCUUCAAAACUGCUCAAACUUAUUUACAAAAAUUAAGGUUUCUCAUAGAAGAUCCACAACAUGCACUCCCAGAUGUUUUCAUAUGGCUUAUCGCUAAUGGAAAACGUAUCGCUUACCAUCGAAUGAAUGCUAGGGACUUAAUCUACUCGACGACGGAUGAGGAAACAGGGGCUCAAUGUGGAAAAGUUCAAACGGUAUUUUUUAAGCUUCCUGGAAAGCAAGCAGCAGGUCCGGCUGGUUGGAAAAUUAGAGCGAAAUUAACAUUAUAUGUUUGGUUAGGAAUAGUAAAACACAAAAAGUUUUUCUUUAGUGGCCUUCCUAGGGGCUUUGAACUAUCACAAGAUUUGAGAAAUGCUGAACGACCCAGAGCAUUAGCACCGACUAACAUUCACUACUUGGAGAAACACACAUUUCAACUUCGUGCUCAUAUCUACCAAGCGAGAUCAUUAAUUGGCUCUGAUGCAAGUGGAUUAAGCGACCCUUAUGCUACUGUUUUCAUUUCUGAAUUUUCAAAGACAACUCAAGUUAUUGAAGAAACUCUCAGUCCGACGUGGGAUGAGUUGCUUGUAUUUGACGAUGUUUUGGUUUACGGCGCAAAAGAAGAAAUUCAACGUGACCCUCCAACAGUUGUUAUUGAGAUUUACGAUCAAGACAAGGUUGGAAAGUCGGAGUUUAUUGGCAGAGCAAUUGCGAAACCGAAAGUAAAGCUUAAAGAGAAUCCUUAUAAAACGCCAAUCUUAGAAUGGUUUGAGAUUAUCCGCGGAAAUGAUAGCGCUGGGGAGUUGUUAGCAGCAUUUGAAAUGCUUGAAAUUGGGUCUAAUGAUUUACCAGCUUUAACUGAACCAAAAUAUAUACCAGUUGAUGUAAAAGGAGCUAACAGCCAACAUCCGAUUAUUUUUCCUGUUCCUCGCGAUGUUCGACCACACUUAGCUCGAUUCCGAAUUGAAGUACUGUUUUGGGGAUUGCGAGAUUUAAAACGAGUUCAUUUUAUGAGUGUAGAUAAACCACGAAUUGAUGUUGAAUGUUCAGGAAACAUUCUCAGCUCUAGUAUUAUUCAAAACGCAAAGAAAAAUCCCAACUUUGCUAAUAUGCUCAAGUUUUUUGAUUUGGAAUUACCGGUUGAAGAAACUUAUGCUCCACCAAUAACAAUUCGAUGUGUAGAUUGUAGAUCUUUCGGUCGAUACACAUUAGUCGGAACUCAUCAAAUAACUUCCAUUCAUAAGUACAUGCAUCGACCUGCUCCAAGGGAAUCGGUAAGCAAGCAAAAUGGUCACAUUAUACUCUCAUCCGACAAAACAAUCACUAAUGAAGAACAACAACAACAACAACAGCUUCUCAUAACAACCGACGGCACCAGGCUACAAAGAACAUCGUCUUCUUGUGAAAAUUUAACUUUAUACGGUGCUGCUUGUGUCGGAAAAGUAAUGAAAAAAAGCACAUCGAAAAAGAAGCAUCUCCAACAAAUGUCAGAUGAUUCAAUGGAACAAGAAGAUGACGAUGACGAAACAAAAGACUGGUGGACUAAAUAUUUUCUCUCGUAUGAAAAGUUGAUUGAAUCUACAAAGGGAUCAUCACAGCGAGCUUAUGAAAGCUUGUGUAUCUCACCAGUAAACGAUGGCGAACAUCAAAAAAGAAGAUUUACUCUUAUCAGUAAAUCUAAAAUUGUUCAGAAAAUUAGUCCCAAGCACGUUGCGAAAACACAAACGAAAGUUAAAAACUUCGCAACUUGUGAAAUUUUCCCUCAUGAGCUUGAGGCACAAUCAGAGUAUAAUUAUUUCAAAGAGUGGCUUCUAUCUUUUCCUUUAUAUCGAGGAAAGAAAACAGGCGAUAGUAUGGAAGAUGAGAAUCGAAUAGUCGGAUAUUUUAAGGGAUCAAUAAAAGUUUAUCGACUUCCAGUUGACAAGACAAUGGAACCAGCAUUUGCACCCUCACUACCCCUCAAUGAUCCAAUUCAUGUUCUUGUUCGAGUUUACAUUGUAAAAGCGACCGAUUUACAUCCGAUGGAUUUAAAUGGCAAAGCGGAUCCUUACGUUGUACUCCAAUUAGGCGGUAAAAAGAUUUCUGACAAAGAUAAUUACGUCAGCAAACAACUAAAUCCAGUUUUUGGAAAAUGUUUUGAAAUUGAAUGUUGUUUUCCCCAAGACUCGAUGUUAACGGUGCAAAUAUUUGAUUGGGACUUGGUGGGUUCAGAUGAUUUAAUUGGAGAAACAAAAAUUGACUUGGAAAACAGAUUUUACUCAAAACAUCGAGCACUUUGUGGUUUAUCGAAGAAAUAUGAAGAUACUGGAUACAAUGCUUGGAGGGAUCCUAUGAAACCGACACAGAUUCUUCUAAAACUGUGUAAAGAUAAUAAGCUGGAGAAUCCGCAUUACUUUCAAGACAGAGUUGUUAUUGGUCGUUACUGUAUGACCUUUGGUAAAGAUGAAGUGAUAGCUUGGAAUAGUCCUACUACAUGUAAAUAUCGAGACGAACAUCUUGCACUUGCUGUUCUCCAUCGAUGGGAGGAAAUUCCAAGAGUGGGAUGUAAAAUUGUUCCUGAACAUAUUGAAUCUCGACCAAUUUAUAAUCCUGAAAAGCCAGGAAUUGAACAAGGCAAACUUGAAAUGUGGGUGGAUUUGUUUCCAAUGGAUAUGCCACUACCAGGUCCACCUGUUGACAUUUCACCACGAAAACCAAAAUCUUAUGAAUUAAGGGUUGUGAUAUGGAAUACCGAUGAUGUGGUUUUAGAAGACGAUGCCUUUUUCAGUGGGGAAAAAAUGUCAGAUAUUUACGUCAAAGGAUGGCUUAAAGGUCCACAAGAUGUUCAAUCAACAGACAUUCACUAUCGCUCUCUGACAGGCGAAGGGAAUUUUAAUUGGAGAUUCAUCUUCCCUUUCGAAUAUUUGGCUGCUGAAGAACGAAUCGUUUUAUCUAGAAAAGAAUCUUUGUUUAGCUGGGAUGAAACCGAAGUAAAAAUUCCAGCACGAUUGGAACUUCAAGUGUGGGAUGCAGACCAUUUUUCGGCAGAUGAUUUCCUUGGAGCUAUUUCACUAAAUCUCACCAGAUUUCCAAGAGGGGCUAAAAACUCUAAACUUUGUUCUCUUGAUAUGCUGAAAUCUGAUGUUCCAACUGUCAACAUAUUUAAACAAAAGCGUGUCAGAGGGUGGUGGCCUUUUUUCAUCAAGAAGGAGAACGAUGAGAUGGAACUGACAGGAAAAGUUGAAGCCGAAAUUCACUUACUUUCUAAAGAAGAAGCAGAGAAGAAUCAAGCUGGGUUUGGACGUAAUGAACCAGAUGCACUUGAAAAACCGAACCGUCCGGAUGCAUCUUUUAUGUGGUUCUUAAAUCCUUUGAAAUCCAUACGAUAUAUCAUUUGGCAUAACUACAAGUGGAAAAUAAUCAAAGCAUUAAUUUUUCUCUGCAUAGCUUUUAUGAUACUUCUUUUCUUUUAUUCCAUUCCCGGGUACACCGUGAAAAAACUUAUUGGAGCUUAAAGAUGUUAAUUUCAAUGAGUAUGAUUAAAUAUUGAAAAAAGUUUCCACGUUGAAGUAUAAUUAAGAAUCAAGAAAAAGCAAACAUAAAAGAAAAAGGAAAUUUAUAUCUAAAAUUUAAUUUGGCCUUUUACAUUCUCACUGUUAUGAAUAAAUUUUAAAUUUUAUCUAAUCAAAUU